AUGGUUUACCUUGCAGUCACCUCACAACGAUGCGAAUCGAACUGGUUAACUUAUGCACAAAGGUGUUUUCUCUUAGAAGAAGCAGAUCAACCAGUCACGUGGUAUGAAGCCACGCAAGCCUGUGAGAAUAAAAAUGCGUACUUGGUUGUGAUAGAAAGUCAAGAAAUCAAUAGCUUCCUCCAGGAGUUGGCUACAAUGAAUUACUGGAUUGGUCUCCAUGACAUUGGAAAUGAGGGUACUUUCACAUGGAUUGAUGGCGCAAUAUUAGACAACAAGGCAUAUACAAACUGGGACUCAGAACAACCUAACAAUUUGGACAGCGGUGUCGGCGAAGACUGCACUGAGAUGCAAAUAAAUGGUAGAUGGAAUGAUAAAUCAUGUGACGACACAUCGACAUUGGAUGGUUACAUAUGUCAAAAAGCAAUGGAUGUUCCAAUAAGAUGUGACGAAGACAAUGGGUGGAUGUCCGUUAAUGAUAGGUGUUACAAGUAUAAAGACACCGUUAAAACGUGGGAGGACGCAAAGCAAUGCUGUGAGAAAAUGGGUGCGGACCUCGUCAGAGUACAGAACCAGAUUGUACAAGACUACGUUACUCAAUUAACAACAAUAACUUCACUGUGGAUUGGACUCUCAGAUAAUAUUAGUGACCAAAAAGGAGAGUAUUCAUGGGCCAAUGGAUCACCAAUAUCUUAUACAAACUGGGCACUAGAUGAACCACGCAAUAAUUCCGCAGACAACUGUGUAACCGCCAAAUUAUCUAAGUGUGGUCAGUGGAUCACGGCGUCGUGUGCGACAAAACUACCAUUUUUGUGUGAAAAACCUGAAGGUUCAUGUGCACCUGGAUGGAAGAUAUACAAGGGUCACUGUUAUCAAUACCAAACACAAGUUUCCUCUUCCUGGAUCAAUGCCAAAUAUACUUGUGAUACGCAAGGAGCGUAUCUGGUCACCAUAGACACAAAAGCUGAGCAAAACUAUCUCAUAAGUGAGUACUCAGCAGAACGUAACAACAUUUGGAUUGGCAUAUCUGACACCAGAAGUGAUGGAGAGUUUGCUUGGAGUAGUGGCUGUCCUGUAUCGUAUACUAACUGGAAUGAGGCGCACCCACUUAAUAUGUUUGGACAAGAAGAUUGUGGUACAAUUUUUACUGGUGGGUAUUCUGGUGAACGUAAAUGGCGAGAAGACGGACGCUGUGGACAUGAAUACCCGUACAACGGAGAACCUGCUGAGUGUGAUCCAAAUCAUGGCAAACCAUGUUGUUCUUCAAAUGGAUUGUGUGGAAAUACCGAAGAUCAUUGCAUGUGUGCCACAUGUACUGACUACACUCAAAUAUAUGAUAUUGAUCCAACAUCGCCAGUUCAGUCGGUUGUAGAUGUGCACUGUGAUGUGGCAUGGGACCUUCACGGUGACUACUGUUAUUUAUUUGAAACUAAUAAACUUGCCUUUCACGAGGCAGAAGCUGCUUGUGAACAAAUGGAUGCUAAAUUGACAAGCAUAUUGAACUUAUCAGAGCAGAAAUUUAUCAGUGGUCGAAUUGACAAUCGUCGUACUCCAAUGUGGUUUGGGUUGCAUGACAGAAACCACGAAAUGCAGUGGGAGUGGACAAGUGGAGACGAGUAUAGCUUCACAAACUGGGCUGAUGGGGAACCCAAUAACUAUUUCCAAGUAGAAGACUGUGCUCAUAUAAUUGUAGACGAAUCAAGGAAUGGUGAAUGGAAUGACAUCACUUGUGAUACUGAUUUAGGAUAUAUCUGUAAAAAGAGAAAAUAUGAGGGCGUUUUCACAGCUCCUCCACCACAAGUGCGUUACCAAUCAACAGAAUCAACAGAAACAAUAUCAUCCAACAAAACGUGUCCACAAUGUGGUACAUGGACGGAAAAUGAAGACCACUGCUAUAUCAUUAUCAAGAUCGAAAAAAACUGGCCAGAAGCAUGGUUUGAAUGCACUAGAUAUGGCGGUUAUUUAUUGACUAUUAGCAGUCAAGAGGAAAAUGAUUACAUUCAUAGUAUACUAAAGGGUGAUACAGGGAAUUUGUGGAUUGGUUUAAAAAAGAACAUACUUGGGGUUUUUGAAUGGAUAGACAAUGAUAAUAUGCCUUAUUCCAACUGGGUAGCAGGGGAGCCUAACGACAACGAUGGAAUAGAAGAUUGUGUGGAGAUGUACGAGUCUGGACAAUGGAAUGACAAAGAUUGCUACCAUAGAACUGGAUUUAUGUGCAAAGCAAAUAAAGGAUUAACUAAUACUUCUAGAGGACUAAGUGGUGGAGCUAUUGCUGGUAUCGUCAUUGGUUCACUUUUCGUCUUGUUUCUUCUCUAUGUAUGUAAAGACAAAUGGUGGCCAAAGCCUUGCAAGUCGUCCAAUAAAAACACACCCACAGCUACCACUGUUAAACCUGUUGUUGAGUCUGUUGAAUUCGAGAACAACCGAGCUAAUGAUCCAACUAUUGAAAUAAGUGACACGGUUGCUCUACCUUUAUGA